GCUCGAAUUCCAGGAUUCACUCCGCAUCGAACGCGCUUUCAACAGAUAUCUUCUAGGUUUUCCUCCUCAUAAAUAGGAACCUUGCUUCUCCUUUGCUCAUAUCCGCCGCUUUUGCUUUCGCAGUCAGAGCCUUCAACUCGACACUUCCAGAUUUGUUCUUGCCGCCAAUUUCCAUCAAGUCUCGCUAAAUGGCCUCCUCAAGCAUUGUUCGCGCAAGCCUUUCAUCAAUUCUUGAGGAACUUAGAGAUCAAUUCACCAUCCCUGUUAGUGAUAAGCCCGGUCUUCUCAUGCUAGGGCCAAUGGGAGAUCCUGAUCCAACCACCCUCAUUAACUACGAGACCGGCAGAAUCCCUUUCAAGUAUGCUAAUAUGAAUCUGGCCGAUUGGAGUGGGGCUUUUAGAUCUUGGAUGGGACCCAUUGAGGGGUGGAAAACCUGGUACUGCAGAAUGUCCCGGGCCUAUGGAAAAACUUGGCAAGCACGCAGGAUCGAUCAAUGUCUUACUCUCUCAUUGUCGAAUAUGGCUAAAAAUGAGUCCCUGCUUAUAGCUGCAUCAUAUUUUUGGUCUGACGCCUUGAAUGCCUUCCUUUUCGGCCACGGGCCGAUGACACCCACCUUGGCCGAUGUCUAUAUGUUGACUGGUCUGGACAUUGAUUCCCCAGACAAUACUUUCAACACGAGCAAACCCUCCUUUAAUCUGAAGGCCAAAGAAUCUAAAGGAUGGGGAGAUUAUGUUGCCUGCCAUAUGAAAAAGGGUACUGUCCAACAGAGAGAACAUGUGGUCUUUCUGAACAUGUGGCUUGACAAGUUUAUCUUCUGUGGACGAACAGUAGGGCCAACCUCCAAUUACCAACGUAUGGCCAAGCUCAUAGAUUCUGGCACAAAAUUUCCACUGGGGAAGCAUCUCUUGGGGGCUGUUUACGAUUUGCUUCACAGAGUGGCUAUGAACCUGCUUUUGGGGCAACCAGUGAAGAACACAGGAGGACCCUGGUGGUUCAUAAACUUAUGGUUGAAUCUUCAUCUCCGAAAUAUUUUGGAGGAGGAUAUUUAUAAAUCAAAAUUCCCCAAGUUUCAACCGGAUGGUGAAGUCACUGAAUAUCGUCCCAGCCGCAAAUUUGGAGAAGCAGUUGCUGUUUUUCCUGGAGACAAGAAAAAUCCAGGCAUGGUCGUCAAUUUCUUCAGAAGCUUUUAUUAUGGGCUCACUGCCAGUGCCACAAUUUGGUUUGCAUACGAUGAUCCUGAGACAAAUUUUGAAUCAAUCUUCCAAUUUGAGGAUGUUACUGUUUAA